AUGAAUUCUUCAAUUCUACGAAAGAGCGAUUCCGAUGGCAACCAGAAGAUAGCUGAGCCUAUAAUCCUUCGCCAACCCGGCUUCAAAAAUGAUGUCCGCCUCAAUGUCUUCGGCCAAGUGUAUUAUGCUCACUCCAUUAUCAUAAAACUAAAAUCCAAAUAUUUCCGGUCAACUUUAGAAUGGGGAGAAAAGCAUGCAAUUCCAUCAGGAAAGUUCCGUUAUGAUUUUACCUCUGUAGUUGACAAGGAUGGAAUUUGGCUUAUGGAAUUAAUCAAAUCGACAUCAAACUUCGAAAUUCUGACAAACACAAACAAACUGAGAGCCCCACAAACUGAGGAAGGAGAAAGACGUGCUUUCGAAGCCGUACUCUUUGCUUUUUACAAUAAACCAUAUGUCAUUCGCAAUUAUCAAAGUUUCAAGGACAUCGUCCGCUCGGCAGAUUCCUUGUGUGCUCGUCCGGCCCUUUCACAUACAUUAGAUUCCGCGUUUCAUAGAAGUCCCGGAUUUACUGACAGGAUCUGCCAGAACAGUGAUUCUUUGAUUCGAAUCGCUAAACAGCUGCACCACCCUGUUCUCUUCCGGGAGUGCUUAAUCUACGAAGUUUCAAAAGCAAAAAGUACUGCUGGCAAAGAACAUUGGCAAUCAAAGUUCGAGGACGACGAAGAUAUCAAAUCUUGCUUUUUUAAAGCGCUCCAGAGCGUUGACUUCGUACGAACUUCCGUUGAUUGUGGCAUAGAAUCGUUUAGCAAAGAGACGCCGGCUUGGAAGAGGAUGUUGAUGGUGAGAUAUGGUAUGAAGGAUGAUGCACUAGAGUAUCAGAGUGCUACCUAUUACCGAGAAGUGAUGAAUCGUUUGGAAGCAGACGAGUUGAAAAAUACUACUAUGGAGUAG